CUCCUUACAACAAUCUUUUGAGGAUCGCCCCAGGUACUCAUUAGAAGAAGAAUUAACUAUUUCUAAUUCUAUCACUGAGAAGACCUCCCUGGUUGUCAAAAUGCCUGUUGCUUCAACCAACUCUGAGACAGCUAUGCAACAGGUCCUGGACAACCUCAGUGAUCUCCCCAAUUCCAUGGGAGCUGGAGAUCUGGAUCUCAUCUUUCUCCGUGGCCUCAUGGAGAGUCCAAUAGUAAGGUCAUUGGCUAAGGCUCAUGAGCGGCUGGAGGAGACAAAGCUGGAGGCUGUGCGGGACAACAAUUUGGAGCUGGUCCAGGAGAUACUUAAAGACAUCACACACAUUGCUCAGCAAGAUAGCACAGCAGCUGAAUUGGCCCGCAUCCUCCAGGAACCCCACUUCCAGUCCCUUUUGGAAACCCAUGAUUCUGUUGCCUCUAAGAGCUACGAGACUCCACCACCCAGUCCUGUCCUGGACCCCAUGUUCAACAACCAGCCAGUUCCACCAGAUGCUGUACGUAUGGUGGGAAUUCGUAAGACUGCUGGAGAACACCUGGGUGUGACUUUCCGUGUGGAGCGUGGUGAGCUGGUUAUUGCACGUAUCCUACAUGGUGGCAUGAUUGAUCAGCAGGGGUUGCUGCAUGUGGGUGAUAUUAUCAAGGAGGUGAAUGGGCAAGAGGUGGGCAGUGAUCCACGAGCCCUCCAAGAAGUGCUAAAAAAUGCAAGUGGAAGUGUUGUACUCAAGAUCCUGCCCAGUUAUCAGGAGCCGCAUCCGCCACGCCAGGUAUUUGUGAAGGCACAUUUUGACUAUGAUCCAGUCACUGACAACCUCAUUCCAUGCAAGGAAGCUGGUCUGAAAUUUGUAGCUGGAGAUCUUCUUCAGAUUGUCAAUCAGGAUGAUCCCAACUGGUGGCAGGCCUGCCAUGUGGAAGGUGGGAGUGCAGGGCUGAUCCCAAGCCAGUUGCUGGAAGAGAAGCGCAAGGCUUUUGUGAAGCGCGACCUUGAAGUCACACCAUCUUCAGGGGCCUUGUGUGGAAGCCUUAGUGGAAAGAAAAAGAAAAGGAUGAUGUAUUUGACCACCAAAAAUGCAGAGUUUGAUCGACAUGAGCUACUGAUCUAUGAAGAAGUGGCUCGAAUGCCCCCUUUCCGCAGGAAAACUUUGGUGCUCAUCGGUGCCCAGGGGGUUGGAAGGCGUAGUAUUAAGAACAAGAUUAUUAUGUCUGACCAGUCUCAAUAUGGAACUACUAUCCCAUACACCUCACGGAGGCCCAAGGAGCAUGAAAAAACUGGACAAGUCUAUAGCUUUGUGACUAGAAGUGAGAUGGAGAGAGACAUCAAAGCAGGACGCUAUCUGGAACAUGGUGAAUAUGAGGGGAACCUCUAUGGAACCAAGAUUGACUCCAUCCAUGAGGUUGUGGAGUCAGGCAAAAUGUGUAUCCUAGAUGUUAACCCACAGGCUGUGAAGGUGUUGAGGACAGCUGAGUUCGUCCCAUAUGUGGUAUUCAUUGAAGCACCAAAUUUUGAGACUUUACGAGCUAUGAACAAAGCAGCUUUGGAUAGUGGUGUAGCUACUAAGCAACUCACGGAUGCUGACCUGAAGCGUACUGUGGAUGAGAGCUGCCGAAUUCAGCGUGGCUAUGGGCAUUACUUUGAUCUCUGCUUAGUGAAUGAUAAUAUGGAGCGGACAUUCCAGCAACUUCAGAUAUCUUCCCCUUGAAUAAUCUGAUGUGUUUUUAAAACCAGAAUAUUACCUAUUUAAAAGGUAAAUAGUUACGUGUCUAUUUACUGUCUGUAUUAGAUGAGUUUUCUCAAAAAGUGUUGUUAUUUCAAUUAGCAUCAUGUACUGGCAAAUGAUGGUUUAUGUCUUUUUUUUAAAAAAAAAAAACAUGUCUUGAAGGCUUGACUUGGCAGAGUUUUCUCUUGUUAAUUUCCUCUUGAUGCUAGGCAAAAAUGCAUUCAUUAUAGAUAGCCAAAAGAGAAAUUAUCCAAGUUUUCCUAUUUUGAAUUAUGUUUUAUUAUAAUUGGAUAUUUAUUUGUAAACAAGAGCAAUUCACUGAAUAUAGGAAUGUUUCAAGUUUAUUGUGCAGUUAUUACCAAUCACAUGAAGAACCUAAUUUGAACUUUCAGUGCAAAUAUUUGAUCUUGGCUACACAGUUCUGACCUCAUACUUACUCUUGCAUUGGUUUGGGUUUCCUGGAAACUACUCAGAUCAGUGUCGAUUUGUUCGGGCACUUUGGAAUGGAGAUGUACUUCCUGUUCUCCUUCCAAGGUGCUUUUUCUCUACUUCUACAAAUACCCCCUAUUAGAGCUUGGUUUGCCAACCCUUGUUUUUAAAAGUUAUAUGAUGUGCUCUGCUUGUUCAGUAUCUAUUUCCUGGCUGUUUUUACCGCAGGUUCAUUACAAACAGAUAAGAUGGUAUACAAAUAGAAAAAAAAUAUACAUAAAUAUGAUCGGUCAGAUGUUUGUAGAGGUCUACUAGCUAUGGGUUUGGGGAGGAAAAAGGCGGAAGAAGGUGUGCUGGAUAUGUUCACCCCCUCAAGUUAUUUGUGAAAAUAAUAAAGACAGGAUAGAAAUAAAUAAAUGAACUAAUAUAAUAAUUGCUUUCAAAAUGUUCAUAGGAAUAAUGGCAAAAUGAUGGAUAAUAAUAAAGUGGGAGGAGAAUAGAGGCAAAAAGCAGGAAGUAAGCAAUAGAAGAUACCAGCAACUUUUGUUCCUAAGCCACGUGAUUCAAAAUAAAAAUGCUGGCAUCAUGAACAUCAGGAUCUCUAUAUGUUUGUGUUUCUCCAACUUCCACCGAAUCAUCCAACAAGAACAGUAGUCAGUGUGGAAUUGGAGUCUAAAAACAUCUGCUGAAAUGAAUACUCUUUCCCCCCACCCACCCAUCCCUCAACUCCGGGAUUAAUGCCAUCAGAUCAGACCUAUACACUCCUAUUCAGAAUUAAUUCAAUCUGAGUUCAAUGGGUCUUCAAGAUAUGGUUAUAUUGGAAGUAUUGCUGAAUAAGUAACUGAAUUGGACACCCAUUGUUUGGAGCUCACUGUAACUCCAGAAAUAAUUGUAAUGUAAGUCAAAUAAAAUGUGAACAUUAUUGAUCUAAAUCAAUAAAGAGGGAUAAGGAACCAAAAUAAUCCCCUCUGCUUCUUAAUGUUUUUUUUAACCUCUCCAAUAUCAGAUCUUUUGUUGCCAUUUUGGCCCUCUUUUUAAAAUAGAACUUUACGUUUUUUUUUAAGUAAUUCUUUGCAUUGCAGUGUACUUUCUUUGAGAACUCUGAUACUGUUGUGUAUUUUUCUCUUGAUUAUAUCUAUUAUAAUCCUAUAGCUAUUAACUGAAACAGCUUCCCUUUGUUAUAUUUCUGUUUACAUAUUAAAUUUCAGAAAGAAAAAAAAACCCA